AUGACCCGAGAUAGUCCAGAAUCUAGCAGCAAUCACAGCUCUACAAACAAGCAUACUGAACAGAGGACCCCGUUUGAUAGGAAUUCAUUUGACUACAUUUUACGAUCAGGAUUAGCUGGAGGUAUAUCAGGUUCAUGUGCGAAAACAUUGAUUGCACCCUUAGAUAGAAUAAAAAUUCUAUUUCAAACAUCUAACCCCCAUUACACAAAGUAUGCAGGCUCAUUAAUAGGAUUAGUAGAGGCAGCCAAGCAUAUAUGGAUCAAUGACGGCAUAAGAGGGUUUUUUCAAGGCCAUUCAGCUACUCUCUUAAGAAUAUUUCCAUAUGCUGCCGUCAAAUUUGUUGCCUAUGAACAGAUCAGGAACAACUUGAUUCCCUCGAAAGAGUUUGAAUCGCAUUGGAGAAGGUUGGUGAGUGGUUCGCUGGCAGGAUUAUGCAGUGUCUUCAUAACAUACCCCUUAGACCUUGUGAGGGUUAGGUUGGCAUACGAGACAGAACAUAAAAGAGUAAAACUGGGGAAGAUAAUAAGAAAAAUAUAUGCGGAACCAGCUUCAACCACACUAAUCAAAAGUGAGUAUCUUCCCAACUGGUUUUGUCACUGGUGCAAUUUUUACAGGGGUUAUGUUCCAACAGUACUUGGAAUGAUUCCUUAUGCAGGUGUAUCUUUUUUUGCGCACGAUUUGCUUCAUGAUGUGCUGAAGAGUCCUUUCUUUGCGCCCUAUUCAGUAUUGGAACUUUCCGAGGAUGAUGAAUUAGAAAGGAUACAAAAAAAGCAGAGAAAACCUUUGCGCACUUGGGCUGAAUUGAUCUCUGGUGGCUUAGCAGGUAUGGCCUCCCAAACAGCCGCAUAUCCGUUUGAAAUCAUCAGGAGAAGACUGCAAGUUAGCGCCCUAUCUCCAAAAAAUAUGUAUGACCAUAAAUUUCAAUCAAUUUCCGAGAUUGCUCAAAUAAUAUUCAAGGAACGUGGAUUACGGGGAUUUUUUGUUGGUCUAAGCAUUGGUUACAUUAAGGUGACACCUAUGGUAGCAUGUAGUUUUUUCGUUUAUGAAAGAAUGAAAUGGAAUCUUGGCAUUUGA